AAAAAUAAAGUUAUAAUGGCUACAUUGGAAGAUAAAAUAUUAGGCGAACAGCGUGAAUAUUAUUGUAGUAGUUCCAGUGACGAAGAAACUGAAACUGAAAUUGUUAGGAGUGAAUACAAUGAUCCAAAACCAUCAAAAUGGGAAGGCAUGUCCUGUAACACUGGACCAAAAGGAGUUAUACGGGAUUGGGAACGAUUUAGAGAAUUAGAAAAAAGUAAGAAAGAUAUUGCUACACUAAGACAGAAAGAAAUGAUAGAGAAAACCAGUAUGACUUGUUGCAGUUUAUUAGAUGAAGAGAAAGAUAAUAAUUUGGAAACUGAUCCUGAAAUUUUAGAAUUGUUAACAGACGACUAUAUGUUUGAAUAUCAAAAACAAAAAAUGAAAGAAAUGUUUGAAAAAAUUGAAAAUUUACGUUUUGGUGACGUUAUUCAUUUGACAAAUACUGACGAAUUUCUAGAUGCUAUCGACAAUGAAAAUAAAUUUGUUACGGUUAUUAUUCAUAUUUAUGAAAAAAAUGUCGCAGGAUGUGACGCAAUGAAUGGAAGUUUAAUAACUUUGGCAAAAGAAUAUCCAUUUGUUAAAUUUUGCAAAAUUUUAGGAUCUUCUUUGAACGUCAGUAGACAUUUCAAAAAGGAUGGUGUUCCAGCUUUACUCGCAUAUAAAAAUGGCCAAGUUAUAGGAAAUUUCAUUCAUGUUUCUGAUAGUUUGGGUGAAGAUUUUUUUGCCGAUGACGUUGCCGCAUUUUUAAUAGAACAUGGCUUACUUAAUGACAAAAAAUGUAAACCACUCAUUAUAUCCUGCAAUGAAAGUAAAGAAUCCAAUAAUAAAUAAAUUUUUAAAUACUA